AUGACCAAAUUAGGCCUUACUCCGGCCGUACACGGCGAUGAACACGAAAAAGAUGAGAAGGAACAGAUCAAAAUUGAUCCGAAGGUUUUUACCGUCCUUCAACCUACCGUAAUCCCAAUGCCGGCGGCACCAGUGACCGCUGAACGCACCAACUGGUCGGCAGCGAUCUGCAAAUCGUUGAUUAUCUUCUGUCUGUUCACGUGCUGCGUCGCCGCCGUUCUCGUACUUCUCAAUGUUUCCGACUCGUUGUUCGGCUCGAGCCCAUCGAAGACUGAAAAACCACAAAUGGAAGCCCUCAUCUCACCGGAACUUGGCAAACAGGGCUCCAUUGAGAAUAUAGCGUCGGCCGAGAAAGCCGCCGAUGAUGUGCUCUCGAUUCCACUGGCUCGAGUCGUUGUCGUUGAGGACAUUUCAAACAACAAUAACAACGAGGAGAAACCAAGAAAGAUUGUCGAUGGAUCUGUUGAGGACAAGACUCUCAACACCAAUGGCGAGGAGUCUCGCCCACUUCAUCCAGAUGAGAUCGAAAUGCUCGAUGCUCGUCGGGCUGCUCAACAAGAGAUUGCUGAGCGACUCAUGAUCCAGCAAAUGAUGGCACUCCGCCAAUGGCGUCUCCGUCGCCUUCAAGCCGCUCUCUACCAACAACAGCUUAUGCGAAUGGCUUGGGCCCAACAACAGCAGCAUAUGCAGGAGGAGAUGCUCCGCCAGCAGUGGAUCGAAAGAGCCCGCUGGGAAGAGGAGCAGCGUCGCGCUGCUUACGAUGCCCAGGCUCAGCAACAAUCGUCAGCUGCUUACUGGCAACAGUACCAGAUGGAGAUGGCCAGACAACAGCAGAUUCAACAGCAGCAACUGCAGCAACAACAGUUCUGGCCAAGGCCAAUGCAGGUGUUGAACCGGGAGCAGCCACAAUUCCAAAGACCGGCGGUCUGGCAACAGCCACCACAAAACUUCUUCUUCCCGCAACAACCACAACCACAACCACAACAGCAACCGAAUGUGUUCCAGCAGGUUGAGAACUGGCCACAACCAGAAAAGAACGUGUUUGCUCAGGUCGAAAGCUGGCCACAGACCAAGCCAGAGAAGAACGUCUUCCAAGAAGUUGCGAACUUCCAACUGCCAAAACAACAAGAGAAGAAUGUGUUCCAACAGGUUGAGAACUGGCCACAACCACAGCAAAAGCAGCAGCAACAGCAGAAUGUGUUCCAACAGGUUGAGAACUGGCCACAACCACAGCAAAAGCAGCAGCAACAGCAGAAUGUGUUCCAGCAGGUUGAAAACACAAAACAGGUUGAAAACUGGCCACAACCACAGCAAAAGCAGCAGCAACAGCAGAAUGUGUUCCAACAGGUUGAGAACUGGCCACAACCACAGCAAAAGCAGCAGCAACAGCAGAAUGUGUUCCAACAGGUUGAGAACUGGCCACAACCACAGCAAAAGCAGCAGCAACAGCAGAAUGUGUUCCAGCAGGUUGAGAACUGGCCACAACCACAGCAAAAGCAGCAGCAACAGCAGAAUGUGUUCCAACAGGUUGAGAACUGGCCACAACCACAGCAAAAGCAGCAGCAACAGCAGAAUGUGUUCCAACAGGUUGAGAACUGGCCACAACCACAGCAAAAGCAGCAGCAACAGCAGAAUGUGUUCCAACAGGUUGAGAACUGGCCACAACCACAGCAAAAGCAGCAGCAACAGCAGAAUGUGUUCCAGCAGGUUGAGAACUGGCCACAACCACAGCAAAAGCAGCAGCAACAGCAGAAUGUGUUCCAGCAGGUUGAAAACUGGCCACAGCCUGCUUUCCCACAACCAAAGAACGUCUUCGAAGAGGUCGCCAACUGGCAACAACCAGAGCCAGCCGUACACGACAAGAUCUAUGAAGAGCUUCAAAAGAAAUCGCAGACUGCUCAACCAAAUAUAUUCCAGCAGGUUGAGAACAUGCAGCCAUCUCAUCCGAAGAACGUCUUCGAGGAAGUCGCCAACUUCCAGCAACCAGCUGUGCCACAGCCAUCGUUGAAUGACAAAAUCUAUGAGGAGUUGCAGAAGAAGGCACAGACGAUGCCAGUGAAUGCGCCAUCGAGACAAAUCUGGACCGCUGUCACCCCAAGCCCAGCGCCAGUUGAGGAUGUCGUUGUUCCCACCACCACCACCACCACCGUUGCUCCAGUGACUUCUGAAGCUGAGAACGCUGAAGUGUCUGACACCAUUCUUCGCGACAUUUUCUCGGCAUUCGAUGAGCAGAAGAACAGCGAGGCGGCCACGAAAAAAAUGGCCGAGGCGACGACCCCAGUUGUCAUCGAAGACCGUUUCCCGAAACUCGAAGAGCGAACGACUACCGCUGAUCCAGAAGACGAUAUGGAUUCCGACGAGGACGAUCAUGAAAAGGAACUCGAUCCGUUCGCAGCUGUUUUGAAGUUCUUCGAGAACGGCGCUCAGCGACCACAAGAGCCCGUCGAGGAGCCAAAAGAGCCAACGAGCACACCGGUUACAAUUGUGUUGUUGUAA